AACUGCUGAUAGCAAUAUGUCUUCAGGAAAUGCCAAAAUUGGGCACAAUGCCCCCCAGUUCAAAGCAACUGCUGUAAUGCCAGAUGGUCAGUUCAAAGAUAUCAGUCUAUCUGACUACAAAGGAAAAUAUGCUGUGUUCUUCUUUUACCCUCUUGAUUUCACCUUUGUGUGCCCCACAGAGAUCAUUGCUUUCAGAGAUAGGGCAGAAGAAUUUAAGAAACUCAACUGCCAAGUGAUUGGUGCUUCUGUGGAUUCUCACUUCUGUCUCCUGGCAUGGAUCAACACACCCAAGAAACAAGGAGGACUGGGACCCAUGAACAUUCCCUUGAUAUCAGACCCCAAGCACACCAUUGCUCAGGAAUAUGGGGUCUUAAAGGCCCAUGAAGGCAUCUCAUUCAGGGGCCUUUUUAUUAUUGAUGAUAAAGGUAUCAUUCAACAGAUCACCAUAAAUGACCUUCCUGUUGGCCGUUCUGUGGAUGAGACACUGAGACUAGUUCAGGCCUUCCAGUUUACUGACAAACAUGGGGAAGUGUGCCCAGCUGGCUGGAAGCCUGGCAGUGAUACCAUCAAGCCUGAUGUCCAGAAGAGCAAAGAAUAUUUCUCUAAGCAGAAGUGAGCACUGGGCCAUUUUAGGGCCAGGUUGCAGUAGGUGGCCAUGAGAA